AUGCUCUACCUGGUUGCUCUCCUCUUGCACUGUCUCCCCUUGGCCAUGGGACAGUAUGACAUUUGCAAGUCCUGGGUGACAACGGACGAUGGCCCGUCAUGGGAGUUUUACGCUUGUCAACCCAAGGCCAUGAGGAUGAAGGAUUAUGUGACAGUACGGGUGGAUCCGUCAGGAAUCACUUGUGGGGACCCGCCGGAGAGGUUCUGCACCCAUGAGAACCCGUACCUGUGCAGUGACGAGUGCGACGCCUCCAACCCGGACCUGGCCCACCCACCGAAACUCAUGUUCGACAGCGAGGAUGAAGGGCUGGCCACGUACUGGCAGAGCGUGACGUGGCGCCGCUACCCGGAGCCACUGCUGGCCAACAUCACGCUGUCCUGGAACAAGAGCAUCGAGCUGACGGAUGACAUCGUGAUAACCUUCGAGUACGGCCGACCCACCAUCAUGAUGCUGGAGAAGUCACUGGACAACGGGAGGACUUGGCACCCGUACCAAUAUUACGCCGACGACUGCAUGGAGGCCUUCAGCAUGCCAGCACGGAGGGUCCGGGACCUCUCCACCACCAGUGCCAACAGGGUCCUCUGCACGGAGGAGUAUUCCCGCUGGGUGGGCUCCAAAAAAGAGAAGACUGUCCGGUUCGAGGUGAGGGACCGCUUUGCCAUCUUUGCUGGCCCCGACCUCAAGAACAUGGACAACUUGUACACCCGGCUGGAGAGCGCCAAAGGGCUCAAGGACUUCUUCACCGUGACCGACCUGCGGAUGAGACUGCUGAGACCGGCCCUGGGGGGCACCUAUGUGCAGAGGGAGAACUUGUACAAGUACUUCUAUGCUGUCUCCAACAUUGAAGUCACCGGCAGGUGUAAAUGCAACCUCCAUGCCAACCUGUGCACCUUCAAAGAGGGCAGCCUUCAGUGCGAGUGCGAGCACAACACCACGGGGCAGGACUGCGGCAAGUGCAAGAAGAACUUUCGCUCCAGGUCUUGGCGAGCAGGAUCCUACCUGCCUCUCCCCAACGGGUCCCCCAAUGCGUGUGCAGCUGCAGGCUCAGCCUUUGGCACGUAUGAGCGACCGCAGCGGGUUACCACUGCAAAAACUACCACCGCAAAAACGACCACCACAACCACCACCUCCCUACCUGCCACCACCACCCAGCCAGCAAGCAUCAUCAGACCAGCCUCUGAGCUCGCUGCCUCUGUGCCCGUGAGAGAGAGACAGAAAAAACCAGACUACACCGGCUUGUCGGCGGCUGCCCCGCUGCAAGUGGGCUCUCCCCCGGCCAAGGCUGGCCCAGGAGCAGAAGCAGCACUUGGGCCCAGGCCCAGGCCACCAGACCCUCCCAAGAACAUUCAAGCGGCUCCGAAGAGAAAAGCAGGGCGCACAGCACACUCUGCAGGCAAGAGGCACGGAAAGAAGCCAGCAUCCUCAAAGAGCUCAAAACUCAUCCGGCUCAAACCAGACUCUGGCCCAGUGGCUCCUGUUGAAACAUAUAAAGACUGCGAGUGCUACGGCCACUCCAACCGCUGCAGCUACAUUGACUUUCUGAACGUGGUGACCUGUGUGAGCUGCAAGCACAACACGAGGGGCCAGCACUGCCAGCACUGCCGCCUGGGCUUCUACCGCAACAGCUCGGCGGAGCUGGAUGAUGAGAAUGUAUGCAUAGAAUGUAACUGCAACCAGAUCGGCUCCAUGCACGACCGCUGCAACGAGACCGGCUACUGUGAAUGCAAAGAAGGCGCCACGGGGCCCAAGUGCGACGACUGCCUGCCCAACUAUUACUGGAGACAGGGCUGCUUCCCCAAUGUCUGCGAUGACGAGCUCCUGCUCUGCCAGAACGGCGGCACCUGCUACCAGAACCAGCGCUGCAUCUGCCCCGUGGGCUUCAAGGGGGUUCUGUGCCAGCAAUCCAGGUGCGAAGCCGACAAAAAGGACUGUGAUGGUGCCCCCAGCGCACACAGCAGCCUCGGCACCAUCCUCCUUGGGGUGCUCGCCCUCCAGCUGCGCGGCUGGGUGGACCUCUGAAGCCGCAGAGGAGGGAGCCCAGCCCAGGCACAUCACCCGAGGGACCUGGGGAGACUGA